AUGGCUUGGUCCAGCGCGAACACCAGUAACACCAGUUUGGAGACUGUCCUCUCAGAGGACGACCCUCGGGAUGAGCGUCUAGCUCGCCUGGAGAUCGCGCUGCUCUCCAUCAUCUUCAUCGCCGCGGGGCUCCUCAACUUCGGGCUGCUGUUGGUGCUGUGGAAGCGGAGGAAGCAGCUCUCCAGGAUGCGCGUCUUCGUCCUCCACCUGUGCGUCGCCGACCUGGUGGUCACGUUCUUUCAGGUGUGCCCCCAGCUCAUGUGGGACAUCACGGACAGGUUCGUCGGUCCGGACGCGCUGUGUCGCCUGGUGAAGUACCUGCAGGUGGUCGGGAUGUUCGCCUCCACCUACAUGAUCGUGGUGAUGACCGUCGACCGCUACCAAGCCAUCUGCAACCCCAUGGUGACUUUCCAGAGGAGGAGAGCGCGCUGGAACGGCCCGGUGUGCGCCGCCUGGUGCGUCUCCUUCGUCGGCAGCCUGCCGCAGGUCUUCAUCUUCUCCCGGGUGGAGAUCGCGCCCGGCGUGUACGACUGCUGGGGUCAGUUCGUCCGGCCGUGGGGCCUGAGAGCCUACGUGACCUGGACCACUCUGGUGAUAUUCGUCCUGCCCAUUCUCAUCGUGAUCGUGUGCCAGGUGCGCAUCUGCCACACCGUGCACGCCAGCAUCCACAUGAAGACGCACCACGCCGGGCAGCCGGCGACCAAGCCGCUGUCGUCCCGGGCCAGCUGCGUGGCGGGGCUGUCGAAGGCCAGGGUGAAGACGGUGAAGAUGACCGUGGUCAUCGUGCUGGCCUACAUCAUCUGCUGGGCGCCAUUCUUCACCGUGCAGCUCUGGUCUGUCUGGGACGUCAAAGCGCCCACCCAGUCGGCCACCUUCACCAUCCUGAUGCUGCUGGCCAGCCUGAACAGCUGCGUGAACCCCUGCAUCUACAUGGUUUUCAGCGGGAAGCUCCCCGAGAGGCUCGCCGCCCUGCUGUGUGGGGACGAGCCAGAGCUGAAGGAGUCCAUGCAGGAGGAGACCACCAUGGUCAGCUCCCUGUACAUCAGUCUCAAAGGCCUGUCAGACUGCCGGUAG